UACGCAAUUCCGCCGAGCCCCAACGACAUGUUUACUAUUCCAGAUCACAUCUCAUGCAUCAACAGCUUGUGAUAAAAGGGACUGUGCGUCAAUUACAAGACAGCCACUAAACUAAACAUAACCACUCAUCCCUCCAAGGGUGUAUAUCAGGAACGAUGGACGACGGAAAGCAGGUAGCUCUCGUAGUCGGCGCCUCCAGAGGCAUCGGUCGACAGAUCGCAAUCGACCUCGCAAAAAAUGGCUACACGGUCGUUGUGGCAGCAAAGACUACCAGCGAUGCGUCCAAGACCAGGCCGUUCCCGCCGGAUCCCAACUCGCAACAAUCGACGGUCAGCACAGUCGCCCGGGAGAUCCACGAAGCGGGCGGCGACGCGACUCCCAUUGCUGUAGACAUUCGCGACCAGGACAGCGUGGCACGAAUGGUCGAGCAGACAGUAGAGAGGUACGGGCGCCUCGACGUCCUGGUCUACAAUUCUGGCGCCAUCUGGUGGUCUUCGGUCGAGGACACGCCACCCAAGCGCUUCCAGCUGAUGCAGCGCGUGAACCCAGAGGGCCUCUACCUGACCCUCCACGCAGCGCUCCCGCACCUCAAGCGCCGCGGCCGCGGCCGCGUCGUCGUCGUCAGCCCACCCAUCUACAGUCGCUUCUUCCGCGGCAAGACGGCCUACGCCAUGGGCAAGGUAGGCAUGAGCGUCCUGACCAAGGGCCUGGCCAUGGACUUUGCCCGGCAGGGGCUGGACGAGAUGGCCAUCACGAGCAUCUGGCCCGCCGUGGCCAUCGAGUCGGCCGCCACGCGGAAGUUCCAGGCUGCCGACCCGGCCGAGUCGAGGGACCUGCGCCGGCCGACCAUCUUCUCCGACGCCGUGCUCGCCAUCCUGCGCGCCCCGGCCGGCCGGGUCAACGGCGAGCUCGUGCUGGACGAGGACUUCCUGCGGGACCACGCCGGCGUCACCGACUUUUCGAGGUACGCCCUCGUCCCCGGCGCGCGGCCGCGGAGGAUCAUGCCGGCGGUGCUGCCGGACCUCACCGUUAGAGAGCAGGACGACGAGGGCAAGAGGUACGACAGCGCCAAGGCCAAGUUGUGACGAAAAAAGAAAAAAAGAAAGAAAAAAAGAAAACGGCGUUUGUGGGCGGCUGUGGGGUUUGACGAAAGAAGGUCGUUUUAAUCGCUUUGGCUUUUGUAUAAUAAAAUCUCCGAUGACCUCCCGGGGCUGGUGGCUAUGCAGUCAACAUUCUCAAAGGAGAGAGAGAGAGGAAGGAGGGCUUACUCCGCCCAGUCCUCAACUCCAUGUUCCUACAUCAAACAUCUUGGAAGAUGGAGGGGUAUAUUUUUGUUGUAUGGUAAAUUUUUUUU